CGAAUACAGUACUCGUACAACUGUGCCGACAGUCGGCCGUCCCCUCGUGUUGGUUGCUCUGCGAGAUUUAGGACUGCCAGGGGCAGCAUACAUUGCGAUAUCACCACGGCCUCUGCCAUCAUGUUAAGAAGGUAGGACAUGAGGUAUAUGUAAUGUAUCAGGCCCUUAAUCAGUACAUGUUUACUUAGGUGCCACAGAUCACAGAAAGGUCAAGCUCCCGUGGCACUUAUCGCAUCGUAACAACGGUGUUGCCGCCUGGUGGACAGCAAGAGUAAAGUCGAACAUGGGCUGGGGGGCUGUCUUGCAACAUGGACCCAUGCCGGCUGAGGCCAUGGCUGAAUCGUCGGCGUUUGGCACACCCCCUCACCACCACCACCACCACCGUCGUCGUCUCUCCCAGACCCCGCUGCACGCUCCCGAUAUACAUGCAACUACAGUGCGACCCGACACUCCCAAGGUCCCAAUCGAGUCGCCUUGAGAGCAAAGCCCGCUGCCGCUACAGUCCGUCCUGCAGUGCCUGGCCACCCUGCAGUUGGGCUGCCAAGUUCAAACUGGCUAUCGAGUCGAACAAUCACCCACUCGUUUGUCCGCUGUCGUACUCUCGCCCUCCCUCUGUGCUGACGUCUGUGGUCUCAACCCCGACAGCCUACCGAUUUGAAGCCUCAAAUCAAAUGCCCAGAAAUUUGUAGCUGUUAACUGUUUUUUCUGUGUGACAAGUGGUCGAUCCCUUCUAUAUUUUCCUCCCCCGUCUCCUGCCUCCUUUUUCGGAAGCACUCUCUCUCUGGUCUAGCAUUGUUUCGACACCUGCAUGAACCCACGACAAGCCCAACUCGACAUACUGACUGUUCCUCUGACACCACCGGAACUCUCUCACCAUUCACACACUAGCACUCACCACCCACACGCUCUUCAACAAGAGCGGAGCCAGUCACCUCCAACACCAAGCCUCUAGGCUCGGCCCUGCUCGUGGUGAUCACCAGCUCGGCAGCAGAGUGACAGCUGCUUAUUGCAUACAUUUCUGCAUGUACUCGAUCUGCCAUUUCUUGCGCUCUCCCCCACGAUCGUCAGGACUAUCGUCUUCAGGAACCACCGUGUUGGGAAUUUUUCAAACCACUGUCUGUUCCGUCUAGGCCGGCCUGCCCCCGCCACCUUUUCGUGUUCUGCUUGUCGUUAGCCGCUGCUUUUUCGAGGUUCCUUGCGCCCAAGGAUCCAGGCUGGAUUCAGGACCAGCUUCUUGAAAGGCAGGGGGCGCCCUCCUUACCCGCAUACAUACGUAUUUCUACACACUAUAUACACUUUUGUUUUUACCCACACACCCACAUGCACGCACCUUCUCACCUCCACAUUGACAUCAGCAUCCUGCACCCACAUCAGCUACGUUGAGGGUCCAGCCACUGGUGGAUAUUAGACGGAAGAGAACCGCCGUUGACUGGUGAGUCCUGACCACCAGAGUGUCUCAUGCGACUUGCAGACAACAAAGACUGACCGUGGUCCAUCUCCCACCCAGGAGUUCGCAGCCCCAAUCUCACACUUCUGUUUGAGACCAGCACCCCUCAAGCAUCAAUAUCGCAAACAGCACUGAAAUUGCUCCCUGACAAGCAGCCAUCGACCUUCUUUGUGGCCCAGCCAUUACUGUCCCCAUCAGAGCUGUCAUUGGACUACCCAGGGACUCUGGCUGUUUGGUCCCCCUCCCGUCUCCAUCUCGGCCACCAGCACGUUGCCUUCCGUUCCAUCCGAUCAUCAGGAAUACCCGUGGCUUCCCUAACCUUUGGCACCGUUGACCAACGUCUGCUCGCCUGCAAUAAGUUGACGGCGUCUUGACAAGCUUCCUCUCUCUGCUAAACACUAGCAAGGGUUCCUUCACCUUCAGGCUCUGUCGCUAUCACAACCAUCCAACAAAGGCUGUCUGACCACCCACCCUGGGGGCACAAGUGAUUGGGUGCCAACGGAUAUAUCAGCGUGAAGCCCCCCAGACCCAUCUGAUUCCAGCACUGUAACACCUCCAACCUCACCUAGCACCAUCACAACUUUGAGCUCAAGUCGACUCACCGCAAUCAUGGUUAAUACUCACAGCCAUGUCUAUCCCCGACCUGCUCAUCCAAGGCAAGCAUGGCAACCAGAAAGAGCCGGUCUAAUGCCGGCUCCAGGGGAUGGCCGUUACCUGGCACCAGAUUCUGUCAGGACAGUGCCUCCUGCAACAGUUGGCAGAGCGUUGCGAGAAGUCUGCCACAUCAACCACAAGAACUUCUUUCUUGCAGUUACCCUCGAGAAUGGCGAGCACGCUUUUUUUUCCGGUCCAGAGAAUGUCGAUGCGGUAGAUGCUAGCAGGAUGUUCCACAUGAACAUCUUCCUGCAGUAUCAGCAAGGAAUACCCCCACACGCAUCAAGAGAGACUGGCCCUCUUCAGGGAGAUUAUUCUGGUAAUGAUCUCUAUUAUGCGCAUGCUGUAGGCCCAUACGGUCGUCACGACAAAGGAUAUGAUCAUGACGAGUUUGAUCAUGGCGCUGCCUCCCAACGCAGGAAACGCCCACGACGGGCCAGAGCACCACGGUCGUUGGAGGAGGAGGAGGUGGCUACCGUCACUGCCGGGUCGAGGAAGACCACCAUCAUGAUUGGAGAUUCGGAUGUUGUGCGGGCCUUUUAUGAACGUCGUUUUCGGCUCUGUCACCAGAUCCUCUGCCGGUGCAUCGCCAAGGCCUUUGUGAAGCUCAUGGAGCCCAAAAAGCAGACGAACCAUCCUUAUACAAAGGGUCAAGAGGCGGCACCAAGGUGGUGGCCAAAUGACUAUGGUCCUAACAGAGUGCUUCUGAGGCACAAGGAACCGGAUCACAUCAAGAAAGAAGAGCGUGUGCACCUGCUGACCCAUAUCCUCCGCAUGCUUACUGAGCCGAAUCAUAAGCAACACGAGGACAUUCGGUCGCAACAUCUGACUGUGGCCAAGCUGGAGGAGGCUGCUAUGGAUGCUGCCGCCUCUUUCUUCAAUGCCUCGGGGGAGAACAUGAAGAAGAAACUGUGGCUCAAGGAGGCGUUUAAGGUAGCAAAGGCGGAGGAGAAGCUCAAGAGGGGUGAGAUAGACCCCACCACCCAAAUCUUCGUGACGGCGGACAACCACGAGCCCGAGGACGACGACGAUUAUGGGCAUGAGGCCGAAUACGAGCGGGUCAAGCGUGAGGAGGAUACCGGUGAUGCCCCGGACCCUAUCGCCCGAACCAUGUCUGUCCAGAGCUACGGAAGCGACAUGGCGAUGCGCGAUGCUCAUCCCGGUCCCGCAAUCGUGCAUACCGAUUUGGCACCAACACAGCAAAACUAUGUGGAAGGAGUUUCCCUGACGGUUGGCGGGCCACCUCAUCUGGCCAGUCCAAUGCAAGAGGUUGACAACAGCCGCCGAGCCAUGUACGGAUCUGCUGCCGAUUUUGGAGGAUCGACCGGACCGGCGACGCUGUAUCCGACUCAGUGGCAACACAAUCCGGCGGCUCAGACGACGGCAUCGGGGAUGUAUACAUACACGCAAGCGCAACCGGCACAUACAUCGCACGGUUAUCCGACUCAUGAGCAAGCCCCGUCUUUGCAGCCCCAAUCCUAUUUGACGUCGGGAUAUGAGACGCUGCCGGGUUCUCACACUCUAUAUCGUAAUAACAGUUACCUAUCGCCGACGGGGAGGUUUCCCAGAGACGGGUCACAGUAGCCAUGGGACGAUAGGUGGGGGUUAGGGGAUGCACAGUAACAAUAACAACAACUUUGCACAAAUGGGUGGUUGGCUGCUUUUGGGUAUCUUGACAGGCAAAACGGAGACUGAUGUGGACAACAGCACAGGAGAUGGGUGAAGUGGGUUGGUUGGAUUGAUUCGGGUUUUCUCUUCUUGAGCGUGGCGCUACAGAUUGAUGACUGCCAUUUUCUUUUUUACAUUCAGGAGCACAGUUUGGGUUUGCAGCUUUCUUGGGGGGUUCAGCAAGAGCGAAUUUUGUCCUUUGCUUCUAUCAGUUUUUUGCGGUUAAGGCGCAAAGUAACAUCGCUUGCUCCGGGUGAGCAGUCGGGUGGAUUGGAUAGAGGGGAUCGAUCUUUUUGCAUGAGUUUGUUUCUUUACUUGGGUAUUCUGAUGCUGGUCUGUUGCACUUUUUUCUUUCUCGGUAAUAAAUUCCCGUCUGUUCAAAGGGGCUCUUGACAUGGGGGAUGGGGGUUAGUGUUGGGACCUUUUGCAUUGGGGGGGAAUUGUUUAUGGCUGUUAUGAAAUCUUGUUUUCUUCUUCUUCUUCUCCUUCUUCUUCUUCUUGCUAUGGGGUGGAUAAGGGACAUUUUCUCACAAGUGUGUCGAUUUGUGUGUUUGUUUGUUUUUGGCUUUGUGCAAUGGGAUAGUUUAGGGGAGGGGAGAGGGGGGGAGGGGGUUAAUAAGGGUAGUGAUAGUUAGUUGAAUAAAGAG